GAACACAUUUUGAUCCACUUUGAAGGCAGUCUAGAAGUGCAGAACAAAGAUGGAAGAGCCAGAGCCAGCUGUUGCCCAGUCAGAAGGAUUUUCUUCGGCUGUUGAGGCAGAGAACAAUACAGCAUUAUUGGAGGACCCUUGGAGGAAAGCCCGGGAGAGCAAUCUGCUCCAUUCAGACCUUCAGCGCCAGGGCUUCCGGCAUUUCUGCUAUGAGGAGGCCUUGGGGCCCAGGAAGGUGUGCAGCCGCCUCCACUCUCUCUGCCGCCUGUGGCUGAAGCCCGAGCGACACUCCAAGGCGGAGAUGCUGGACCUGGUGAUCCUGGAGCAGUUCCUGGCUGUCCUUCCUGCGGAGAUGGAGCGCUGGGUGAGGGAAUGUGGGGCAGAGACCAGCUCCCAGGCCGUGGCCUUGGCGGAAGGCUUCCUCCUGAGUCAGGAAGAGGAGAGGAAGCAGGAGCAGCCUCAGGUGGAGGACCCUUUUCCAGAUGAGACCAGUCAGGUGGAGGAUUCAGACAUUUGGGUCGUCCAGAUUGGAGAAGACGGAGAAUAUAUUACAGUUGACAGUGAAACAUGGCCAAAUGACAGUAGCACAACUUUUCCUGAUUCUUUCCUAAGAGGAGAUUCUGUGGAACCAGAUCAGGUGACUUUUGAAGAUGUGUCUGUGGAUUUCUCAGAGGAGGAGUGGGCCCUCUUGGAUCCAAGCCAGAAAGCCUUGCACCAGCAAGUCGUGGAGGAAAAUUUAGGGAUCGUGUUAUCUCUGGAGGAGACACAAUUUAAAUAUUUGGAAGAUGGAAUGAAAUUCAGUUGGAAGGAAGCACUCACCUUUAGUCAAGAAACUCACACAAGAGAUAAACCAUUUAAAUGCUUGGAGUGUGGAAAGAACUUCCAUAAGAAGGCAUUCCUUGUUCGUCACCAGGCAGUUCACACAGGAGAGAAACCAUUUAAAUGCUUGGAGUGUGGGAAGAACUUCUGUCAGAAAUCAGACCUAGUUCGUCAUCAGUCAACUCACAAAGGAGAAAAGCCAUUUCAAUGUUUGGAAUGUGGAAAGAACUUCAGUGAAAAGAGAAACCUUAUUUAUCACCAGGCAGUUCACACAGGAGAGAAGCCAUUUAAAUGCUUGCAAUGCGAAAAGAGCUUCAGUCGCAAGAACGUCCUUAUUCAUCAUCAGGCAACUCACAUAGUAGUAAAGCCAUUUAAAUGCUUGGAGUGUGGAAUGACCUUUACUUAUAAGGGAAGCCUGGUUCGUCACCAGGCAUCUCAUACAAUAGAAAAACCAUUUAAAUGCUUGCAGUGUGAAAAGAGCUUCAGUCACAAGAGAAACCUUAACUGUCAUCAGGCAACUCACACAGGAGAGAAGCCAUUUAAAUGCAUGCAGUGUGAAAAGAGCUUCACUCGAAAGAGAUACCUUUUUUUUCACCAGGCAGCUCACACAGGAGAUAAGCCAUUUAAAUGCUUGCAGUGUGAAAAGAGCUUCAGUGAAAAGAGAAAUCUUAUUAGUCACCAGGAAACUCACACAGGAGAAAGACCAUUUAAAUGCUUACAGUGUGAAAAGAGCUUUGUUCGAAAGAGAAACCUUAUUUAUCACCAGGCAAUUCACACAGGAGAGAGACCAUUUAAAUGCUCAGAGUGUGGAAAGAGCUUCAGUCAGAAGGGAGGCCUUGUUUGUCAUCAUUCAACUCAUAUAAAAGAAAAGCUAUUUGAAUGCUUGCAGUGUGGAAAGAGCUUUAGUCGAAAAACACAUCUUGUUCGCCACCAGAAAACUCACGCAGCAGAAAAGCCAUAUAAAUGCUUGCAGUGUGAAAAGAGCUUCAGUGAAAAGAGAUACUUUAUUUCUCACCAGGCAACUCACACAGGUGAAAAGCCAUUUAAAUGCUCAGAAUGUGAAAAGAGCUUCUGUCGGAAAUCAUACCUUGUUCGUCAUCAGGCAACCCACAGCGGAGAAAAGCUGAAGUCUGGAACCACAGACAGUUGGAAGAGACCUUGUGGGCCAUCCAGUCCAACCCCCUGUCAAGAAGCAGUGGGUUGGUCUGAGCCAAGAAGCAUGGCGUUGGAAAGAGCUUCCAUUGAAAUGCAAGCCUUAAUUGUCAACCCACACGGAGGAAAUAAUCAACCUGUGGGGUAAAGGCAAGUUCACUAAUUUUAAGACAGAGAGGGCACGGAUCUUUGUCAUAAAAACACUGAAUUAAAAAGCCGUGGCUUUUGGGGAAAGUAAUAACCUGAACAAUUUUCUUAGAUGAAAUACCUCGUUAAGCAUAAGUGAUAAAAUUUGAGCUAAAGUAAGGAUAUUUCAGGGAUUUUUUUACUCCAUUCAUGCAAACUAUUUACUGCAAAUGUUUCCUAUCAUGUAUAUUCAGGGUUAAAAAUACAUUUAAUUGAAAUGUUUGAUGAGAAGUGUGGGAAUGGGUUCGAUUAAUGACUGACAUGUAAUUCUAUGUAUGUGGUAGAGGGUUUUCUUUUAUGAAAUAUCUAAUCAUGCAUAACUGAUGUCUAUCCAUUCAUACAAACUGGUUAAUGUGAAUAUUUCUUGUCCUAUCUAUAACAUAUAAAUAAAAAUAAUCUAGUACA